AUGGCAGUGGACAUCUACAUACCCAGUGUGCUCAUCACUAGGACAGCCCCCAGCAAAAAGGUUAAGCUAAUUAUUGAUUUUGCUUUACUUUUUAGAUAUUAUGAUCAGAUUUGUGCCAUUGAACCCAAAUUCCCAUUUUCUGAAAAUCAGAUAUGCUUGACAUUUACAUGGAAGGAUGCAUUUGAUAAAGGUUCACUUUUUGGAGGAUCUGUAAAAUUGGCUCUUGCAAGCUUAGGAUAUGAAAAGAGCUGUGUGUUGUUCAAUUGUGCAGCCUUAGCUAGCCAGAUUGCAGCAGAACAGAACCUGGAUAAUGAUGAAGGAUUGAAAAUCGCUGCUAAACAUUACCAGUUUGCUAGUGGUGCCUUUUUACAUAUUAAGGAGACGGUUUUAUCUGCCUUAAAUCGAGAGCCUACUGUGGACAUAUCUCCAGAUACUGUUGGGACCCUCAGUCUUAUCAUGCUGGCACAGGCCCAAGAAGUAUUUUUUUUAAAAGCUACAAGAGAUAAAAUGAAAGAUGCCAUCAUAGCUAAAUUGGCUAAUCAGGCUGCAGAUUACUUUGGUGAUGCUUUCAAACAGUGUCAGUACAAAGACACUCUCCCCAAGGAGGUGUUCCCUGUCUUGGCUGCAAAGCACUGCAUCAUGCAGGCCAACGCUGAGUACCACCAGUCUAUCCUGGCGAAGCAGCAGAAGAAAUUUGGGGAAGAAAUUGCAAGGUUACAGCAUGCAGCAGAAUUGAUUAAGACAGUGGCAUCGCGCUAUGAUGAAUAUGUCAAUGUGAAGGAUUUUUCUGACAAAAUCAGCCGUGCCCUUGCUGCAGCAAAGAAGGAUAAUGACUUCAUUUAUCAUGAUCGAGUUCCAGACCUUAAAGAUCUAGAUCCUAUUGGCAAAGCCACACUUGUGAAGUCUACCCCAGUCAGUGUGCCCAUCAGCCAGAAGUUCAGUGAUCUGUUUGAGAAGAUGGUUCCUGUGUCAGUGCAACAGUCUUUGGCAGCCUUUAAUCAGAGAAAAGCUGAUUUGGUUAACAGAUCAAUUGCCCAGAUGAGAGAAGCUACCACUUUGGCAAAUGGGGUAUUAGCUUCCCUUAAUCUUCCAGCAGCAAUUGAAGAUGUGUCUGGAGAUACUGUACCUCAGUCUAUAUUGACCAAGUCCACAUCUGUGAUUGAACAAGGAGGUAUCCAGACUGUUGAUCAGUUGAUCAAAGAACUACCUGAACUAUUACAAAGAAACAGAGAAAUCCUAGAUGAGUCACUAAGAUUGUUGGAUGAAGAAGAAGCAACUGAUAAUGAUUUAAGAUCAAAAUUUAAGGAACGCUGGCAAAGGACACCAUCCAAUGAUCUCUAUAAGCCUUUAAGAGCAGAGGGAACCAACUUCAGAACAGUUUUAGAUAAAGCUGUGCAAGCAGAUGGCCUAGUAAAAGAACGUUACCAGUCUCAUCGUGACACCAUUGCACUUCUCUGUAAGCCGGAACCUGAGCUGAAUGCUGCCAUCCCCUCUGCUAACCCAGCAAAGACCAUGCAGGGCAGCGAGGUUGUAAAUGUCUUAAAGUCCUUAUUGACAAAUCUUGAUGAAGUAAAGAAGGAAAGAGAAAAUCUCGAGAACGACCUAAAGUCGGUGAAUUUUGAUAUGACAAGCAAGUUUUUAACAGCUUUGGCUCAGGAUGGUGUUAUUAAUGAAGAAGCUCUUUCUGUCACUGAACUGGAUCGAAUCUAUGGAGGCCUCACAACUAAAGUCCAAGAAUCUCUAAAGAAACAGGAGAGUCUUCUAAAAAAUAUUCAGGUCUCACAUCAGGAAUUUUCAAAAAUGAAACAAUCUAACAAUGAGGCUAACUUAAGAGAAGAAGUUCUGAAGAAUUUAGCUACUGCAUAUGACAACUUUGUUGAACUUGUCGCUAACUUGAAAGAGGGCACAAAGUUCUAUAAUGAACUGACUGAAAUCCUGGUCAGGUUCCAGAACAAAUGCAGUGAUAUAGUGUUUGCGCGGAAGACAGAAAGAGAUGAGCUCUUAAAGGAUUUGCAGCAAAGCAUUGCCAGGGAACCUAGUGCUCCUUCAAUUCCUACACCUGCAUAUCAGUCCUCUCCAGCAGGGGGACAUGCCCCAGCUCCUCCAACUCCAGCUCCAAGAACCAUGCCGCCUUCUAAGCCCCAACCUCCAGCCCGGCCUCCACCCCCUGUGCUUCCAGCAAAUCGAGCUCCUUCUACUGCUCCAGCUCCACUGGGGACUGGGAGUGCAACACCAGCUUCGACACCAGCUCCGACACCAGCUCUGACACCAGCUCCGUCACAAACCCCUGGCUCAGCUCCCCUUCCACAGGCCCAGGGACCACCCUACCCUACCUAUCCAGGAUAUCCUGGGUAUUGUCAAAUGCCCAUGCCCAUGGGCUAUAAUCCUUAUGCCUAUGGCCAGUAUAACAUGCCAUAUCCUCCAGUGUAUCACCAGAGCCCUGGACAGGCUCCAUACCCAGGACCCCAGCAGCCUUCAUACCCCUUCCCUCAGCCCCCACAGCAAUCAUACUAUCCACAGCAGUAAUAUGUCUGCUCAGAAGCUCGGCUGGUUUAGUUCAGAGGGAAAGAAGUACCAACUCUGCAAUAAGUGUACUAAACUCUGCGCUCUGGUUAAUAAAAUGUACUUUACUGAAUGCAAUGUAUAAUUUCUGUCUGUGGCUAAAAGCUAAGAGCUAUGCCCCAGUUCCACAUUCGAUUGAACAUGUGGGAUUUGCUGCUGUUGCAGUAUAAACACUAGGUAUAAUAGGAUUUGAAAUAAAUUGCAUUACAGUUCAUAAAAGUUGAAAAUGAGAAAUUAAACCUGUAAGUGAAAUGUUUGAAACUAGCAUAUUUUAUACAUAAGAUGCAGUUGGGACAUCAGAUCCUCAUAAAGAUGGUUUAAGUACUGAUAUUCAAAGAAACUGAGUUUUCUUUAUCUUUUGGUUUAUUGAUUUGGUUUAAUUUCCAUUAUGAUAUUUUACAUAAUCAAGGCAUUGUAAAUCUUAUAAUUUAAAAAUAAAUUACUUAAGAACAGUUGUCAUUGUUAUGUUUUGUCAUUGAUUCUCAUUAUUGUCUAAUUCCUUUCUGGUAUUAGUCUCUCAUUUUGUAUGUUCACAAGUUAGACAGAUAACUGUGUUAAGUGCACAAACAGUGCAGGUUAAUAGUCAGGUUGAAGGACAUUUUAUAGGAAAACCAAAAAAUAGUACCGUAAUUUAUCUUUCAUAUGCUGAUUAACAAAUUAAUUUUGACAUUUAUUUUAAAAGUCCCAACAAUGUGGAAGAAAUACACAAUUGUUACCAAAGAUUCUUCAAGUAAAUAUACAAAUAUGUGUAUAUUUAAUGUUUUAUUGUUAGCUUCUUUAAGAAAUUGAUGUAAAUUCUGGUAAUAUUUUUUCAGUUUUUCAUAACCUGGUUCAAUAAAUACAUGUCAUUGACAGUACUAUAAUGUAAUGGAAUUGUUUAGAGAAAAUUUACUGUACCCUUCUGUUUUUUUCCACUUUCUGAUCCUAGUAACAUUUAAUGCACACUGUGUAUGAAUGAAUCUAAGCCCCUGCCCCUUUUGCUCCUGCAAGAUUGAAUUACUUUAUAGUUUAGGGAUCAUGCAAAACAGUUGUUAAAACCACAUACAAUUUCUGGAAUAGGCUGUGUAUUAUUUACUGUUAGUUUCUGCUGUUAGGAUAUUUAGUUUCUGUAUAAACUUCAGUAAAAAUAAUGAAGGCACAUCAUGGGAUGAGGAAAUGAGAAAGGCAUGGGUUGUCCAGUGUCAUAGGGGGGACUGUUUUAUAUGAAGUUAAUUUCUGAACAUUAGGCGUAUGAGUUGAUUUCCAGUGAAUCUAUUUAUGUUAUUUUCUGAGUUUUAAUGCUGACUUUUUCUUGCAUUAUUGUUUCAUUUAAAUUAUACUGUCAUUUGGUCCACUGUUGUUUUCACUUAUAAUUUAGAUUCAUAUUUUAAAUGUUAGAAUAAAAGUUUGAUUGUAAAAGGUAGUAAGUUGUUUUAAAAUACAUGUAUAUUUUAAAGAAUCUUAUUUUGUAUGUAGAAAACAAACAUGUUAUUCAAUAUAAAUGACAUGAAAUAUUGAAAGUCCAAUAGUUAAACCAUGGAAAAAAUAGUUUUUUACAUAUCAUUGCUAUCAUUGCUAAGUUUAAUACUUUGGAUUCAUUGAAGUGUGAGAUGGGUUUGACACCUCUGUAAAUGGCAUUUAAGUUCUACAUUCUCACCACUUGAGGUAUCUUGUGAUUAACAUACACCCAAUAAGUGUUAGGAGUAUCCCAAAUUGCUAGUUUAUAAAUCUUACUAAUGCAGAAACAAGGAAAAAAGCAAAAUUGGCCUGAAUAUUCUCUUGGGGGAAUAGGGCACUAAAGGAAAGGGUAAGUGCAUCAGAUGGCCAAAGAGAGGUAUGCGGCCAGUUAGCGAAGCUGCAUCUCCUCCCAGAGAGGUGAGGGAAAAUGGUUUGGAAACCCCAGAAAAAGAGCCUUCAUGGCUUGCUCAACUGUUUGCAAAGACUUUUUAUGCAGCAACCCAGACCCAUUCUCUCUUCUCAGUUCACCCGUCCUGUAGAUUGUUAAAGAUGCUUUGGUCGUCCCUGUUCAGGUACACAUGACCAUGUCUACAGCCCUUCAUUGCUGGA